GGUCAGGUGACAUUUCUCAUCGUCUCCCAAGAGAGGAGAGACUGUCUUUAAAGAGACAAGAAGGUCUCUUAAGAGUGAGUUUGUGUCUGGACCCAGGAAGAGGUGGACACGGACAAUCAUGCCUGAGCCUCCGAAAGCGGCAGCUAAAAAGGGAGUGGCAGCUCCAAAGGCAGCUGCUAAAGCGCCUGCAAAAGAAGCUCCGCCCCCAGCUGAGGCCCCACCAGAAAUCCUCGAUGGAGAAUUGCCACCAGAUGAUACUAAUCCUGAAGAGCGCACUCCAGAGCUAAUUGGGCUCUUUAUUGUUAAACCUGAAAAUGUGACUGUGGAAACUGGGAAAGAUAUUUUGAUAAAUGCUUCUGUAGAUGCCAGUCAGCUCACUGUGAAACCUGGAAUAAAAUGGUUUAAAGGCAAAUGGCUAGAGCUAGGAAGCAAAAGUGGAGCUCGAUUCCAGUUCAAAGAAACCUUUGACAAAGAGAAAAAGGUAUACGAGUAUGAAUUGAGGAUUUUAAAAGCAACCAUAGCAGAUAUCGGUGGCUACAGGUGUGAAGUCGUUUCCAAAGACAAGUGUGACAGUUGCUCCUUUAACAUUGAUGUGGAAGCUGCAAGAGAGGAAGGAAAUAUAUUACAAGCUUUCAAACGAACGGGUGAUGCAAAAAGUGAUACAGCAGGGGAGCUUGACUUCAGUGCCUUGCUCAAGAAAAGAGUGGAGGACAAGAAAGCGGAAGAGAAAAAGAAAAAAGAUGAUGAUGAAAUGGGUGGAAUUAGCCCAGAAGUGUGGGAGAUCCUAAAGAAUGCAAAGCCAAGUGAAUACGAAAAAAUUGCUUUUCAGUACGGUGUCACCGAUCUUCGUGGCAUGCUGAAACGUCUGAAGAAGGCCAGGGUGGAAAUCAAAAAGAGUGACGCCUUUUCAAAAAGAUUAGAGUCUUGCUACUCAGUUGACAAAGGCCAUAAGAUCAAGAUGCACGUGGAACUCACUAACCCAGAUGUGCAAGUAAAAUGGAUGAAGAAUGGUCAGUUAAUCCGCCCUAGUGCCAAAUACGUGUUUGAGAAUGUUGGCUUAAAACGGGUCCUAACGAUCAAUAAAUGUAACUUGGCUGAUGAUGCCACUUAUGAGUGUGUCAUUGCUGAUGAGAGGUGUCAUGCAGAACUCUUCGUCAAAGAGCCUCCUGUUGUGAUUAAUAAACCCCUGGAAGAUCAUCAAGUAUAUGUGGGAGACAAGGUAGAGUUGGAGGUGGAGGUAUCAGAAGAGGGAGCACACGUUAUCUGGAUGAAAGAUGGAGUUGAACUGACUCGUGAGGAAACAUUUAAGUAUCGUUUCAAGAAAGAUGGAAAAAAACACAUAUUGAUCAUAAAUGAAGCCACUAAAGAGGACACUGGACGAUAUAAAGUGAUGACCAAUGGUGGACAAUGUGAGGCUGAUCUUGAAGUGGAAGAAAAGCAACUAGAGGUGUUACAGGGAAUUGCCGAUUUGACUGUGAAAGCAGCUGAGCAGGCCGUCUUUAAAUGUGAAGUGUCUGAUGAAAAGGUGACUGGCAAAUGGUUAAAGAAUGGAGUGGAAAUGAAACCAAGCAAACGUAUCACCAUGACACACAAGGGCAGAAUUCACAAAUUAAUAAUAGAUGAUGUUAGACCAGAAGAUGAGGCUGAUUACACGUUCGUCCCUGAUGGAUAUGCUUUGAGUCUGUCAGCCAAACUCAACUUCCUAGAGAUCAAGAUUGACUAUGUGCCCCGUCAAGAACCCCCCAAAAUUCACCUUGAUUGUUCUGGAAAAGAGCACACAAACACUAUUGUGGUUGUGGCGGGUAACAAAUUACGAUUUGAUGCCCCAAUCAGCGGAGAACCUGCUCCAACAGUUACUUGGUUCAAAGGAGAUACGCAAUUCUCUGAUACUGAAGGACGAGUUCGAAUUGAAUUGAGAAAGGAACUUAGCAGCUUUGUUAUUGAAGGAGCCGAGAGAGCAGAUGAAGGACAUUAUGAAAUUGUUGUAACUAACCCAGUUGGAGAGGACAAGGCCACUCUUAUUAUCAAAGUUGUAGAUGUUCCUGAUCCUCCAGAGAAUGUACGAAUCACAUGUGUUGGUGAAGACUGGGCAGACGUUAUUUGGGAGCACCCAAUUUAUGAUGGUGGACAGCCAGUCACAGGAUAUCUCAUAGAAAGAAAAAAGAAGGGUAGCCAAAGGUGGAUGAAGAUGAAUUUUGAAGUUUUUACAGAGACUGCAUACCAGUCAACCAAGAUGAUUGAGGGUGUCAUGUAUGAGAUUAGAGUAUUUGCUGUAAAUUCCAUUGGAAUUUCUCAACAAGCCAAUACUUCCAAACCUUUCAUGCCAAUUGCUCCCACUAGUGAGCCUUUGCACCUGACUGUAGAGGAUGUGACUGACACUACCUGCACCCUGAAGUGGAGACCACCAGAUCGUAUUGGAGCUGGGGGCAUUGAUGGAUAUCUAAUAGAGUACACCAAAGAGGGCUCUGAUGAAUGGAUUGAAGCCAACAAGGAACUGGUAGAAAGAUGUGGUUACACUGUAAAGGACCUUCCUACUGGAGAAAAGAUCUCCUUCAGGAUUCGUGCUGUGAAUAUUGCUGGGAAGAGUGAGCCAGCUAUCAUGGGUCAGCCAGUAACUAUCCGGGAAAUAGUGCAGCAGCCCAAGAUUCGCUUACCUCGGCAGCUACGGCAAACCUUCAUUAAAAAAGUAGGGGAGCAGGUGAACCUAGUUAUCCCCUUCCAGGGAAAACCAAGACCAAAGGUCACAUGGACAAAGGAGGGAAAGCCACUUGACCCCAAGCAAGUUAGUAUCAGAACUUCAGAGGUGGACACAAUCCUCUUCAUAAGGUCUGCAGAGAGAGGCCACUCAGGAAAGUACGAGCUCUCUGUUGAGAUUGAAAAUAUGAAGGAUGUAGCAACAAUAAACAUUCGCAUUGUAGAAAAACCAGGUCCCGCUCACCUUGUGACCGUGAAAGAGGUUUGGGGCUUUAAUGCACUGUUGGAAUGGCAGCCACCUAAAGACAAUGGCAACACUGAUAUCACUGGCUACACAAUCCAAAAAGCAGACAAGAAGACAAUGGAAUGGUUCACAGUUUAUGAACAUAAUCGUCUCACACGCUGCACUAUCUCUGACCUUAUCAUGGGUAAUGAAUACUACUUCAGAGUUUAUAGUGAGAACAUCUGUGGCCUCAGUGAGACUCCUGGUGUAUCCAAGAACACAGCCUAUAUUCAGAAAACAGGCUUAGUAUAUAAACCUUUUGAUUACAAAGAACUUGACACAAGCGAGGCUCCCAAAUUCCUCACUCCUCUAGUAGACCGUACUGUUGUUGCUGGAUACAGUACUGCCUUGAAUUGUGCUGUGAGAGGCCAUCCAAAGCCUAAAGUUAUCUGGUUGAAAAAUAAAAUGGAGAUUAGAGAUGAUCCUAAAUUCCUAAUGAAGCAUAACCAAGGGGUCCUCACUCUGAAUAUACGCAAACCUAGUCCUUUUGAUGCUGGUACCUACACUUGCAAGGCCAUUAAUGAUUUAGGAGAAGCUGAGGUAGACUGCAGAUUGGAUGUCAGAGUUCCUGUGUAAUCACAUUUGACUUCACUUGGAUAAAAAAGGUGACAGAUUUGGAUGAGUUCUGCAAUGGCUGUUAUCACCAUAGCUACAAAGAAAACAAUGAGAAGUCAUCUUCCAGUUUAUUAUGUUACUUCAUCUGUGCUUGUUUUGUUGAUCUUUAAUUUUGUGUCAAUUUGGCCCGUGCGCACAAACACUUUUUUUGUGAUGUAAGACAAACUAAUGUGAAAAUGAGCUGCUAGCCGUUUUUUUAUUGUCCCCUUAUCCCAUGUCACAGUGUGGCUAAGUACCUUUGUGCAGUUUCUCCUCAUAUUUGAAUGUUUAUUCAGUCUUCUUGGAUAUAGCUGAUAAGAUAAUAAACUCAGCUAAUAUGUUUUAUGCAUUAAAAGUCCUAUUGGCUGGAUGAAUUUAUUUUUAUUUGAGAAAAACAUCUACAAACACCUACUGAUAUUUUUUUAUAAAUAGCAUAAAAUUCCACCAAACUGCAGUUUCCACAUCUAUAUUUAAUCAGCUAUUUUUUCAGCUUUGCUUUUACAGUUGUACGUAGUUGUCAGCAUAAAGAGGUUUUAAGUGUCUAUAAAGUACAUCUCCUUAUCUCCAUGAUUGUACUAGAGAGUUCUGCAGGUUAUAGGUUAUAGUGUGACUGAUAAGUGAUUUUUCUAGUCUAAUAACUUGAUACACCCAGUGCAAACUAUUCAAAUAGAUUUUGCUGGCUUUUCUUGUUGGUACGGCCGAUACAUGUAUAGUCGUAUUUAAGAUGGAUAUGUUAUACCAGUUCUAGAAGCUACACUUGGGAUCUAAAGGAAAACAUAAGUUGUAUUCAGAGCCAUUAACACUAGAUAUUAAAUACAUAGUGCCACACUAUGGUUACAUAUAUCGUAUAUUAACCUAUCUCUCCAUUUUCCUACCUUAGACCCAUCUUCUUUUCUCACCAGUUACCCUUGUAAUCCCUUUAGUAUGUAAGUUUGCAAGCCAACUUGUCCUGUAACCAUCAAGGUGAGCAAAAUCAGAUGGCAACUAACGGGCAGUGCCCUCUACCCACUCAUCAUUAUUUAGUUGUCUUUUUGUAAAUGGUAUAAUGCACCUGCUUCUGAAAGUAUUGGCACUCUACCAAGAAAUAAUGAUAUUAAUAAAUAAAUAAACAAUAAUAGGGUCACAGUAAAACAGUACUUAUUUGUAAAUAUUUUCCAAAGAGCACAAAGCUAUGCAUUUUCUUCUUAUUACUCAUGUCCUGCUUGCAAUAUUAUUAAUAGGCCAUGUACUGAAUGUAUCCUUAUACCAAGUCAUAAGCAGCUGUAGACAUGAUAUAGAGGUCCAUUUAAAGCAAGGGGAAUCAUUUCUAAUAGAAGCUUUGUGAGUUUGUUCAGGAAGUUAAUGUGGAUAUGGAGAUUUUUUUUAAUUGCGGACAUACACAUUGGAUCUGGUAAACACUCAUUAUAUUGGUAUAUAGAGUUACCAGGUAUCCAGGAUUAGCCAGGCAGACCAGUAAAAUAUAUGGAAGCAUACCAGAUGACAUCCAGCCUGAACCCUGAUUCUGGCAUAUUGCUAUAGAGUUGUAGGCCUGAUCUGAGGGCUGAUAUGGGGAUACAGCCAAAAAGAGCUGUAGAGAAUCAAAUCAAAUCUGAGGUCUGAUUACGACCCCACCAACAUCUUUCUCCAGGUCAUACACUAGUAGUCCAAUAUUUAUGUAGAGGACAGCUGGCAACGCUAUUGUCGCUAUGCCAUAAUAAUAUUCCCAGCAGAACUCUGUGUAGCAUUCACAGAUGCCCUAUACAAUAGUCAUCUAAUGAAAACCGGUAGCCUUGUAUAGCUUGGUGAUGAAACAUGCUUACAUCACAUGGCUCCUAAUUUCAGCUUUUCGAGACACCCUUUAGAUUGUUACACACUGCAGUACUCAUCCUGGAGAUCAGAGCAAUUGGCCCUAUUCACUGCAGAUACAGUUUAUUAAUCUUUCUCUUUAGUGCCAUGUUACUCAUGUAUACUGUAUGCUGUAGUGUUAUCAACAUUAUGUCUGUCAAUAAAAGCUCAUACAGACGUU